AUGAAUCAACAAGAUCUAUUCAACAAACAAGAAUCAGAAAAUGAUAAUAUUAAUAAUAUAAUAGUGCACACAAGUAAUCUUAAUAUUAAUAAUAACAAUGAGAAUAAUUCAAUAUUCAUUAAUCUUCCAUUCAUUUUGAUGAAAAAGAUCGUCAAUGCAUUGGAAGAUGAUCUCGAUCGAAUAUGCAUGAGUUUAGUUUGCAAACGAUGGUUUUAUCAAAGAGAUAAAUACUUAUCAUUCAAUUGUUCUGGAUUGAUGCAAUCAUUCGAUCACUUUGACAAUCAAAACAAUCGAUAUUUCACUUUGAAUUCAUUCAAACUUCAAUUUCAGAGAGAUAUCAAUCAGAAAUCAAAUUGUACUUUUCUAUUAACCGCUCUUCCAGACGAAUUUCCAAUAAAUUAUAUAAAACAAGAUGAUAUCUUAUUUAGCAUUGAUUAUCAAGUGGAAAUUGGUGAUUUCAAAUAUGAUGAUAUCAAAUCGUCAUGCUUCAAAAUGGUCAUUAAUUGCCCUCUAAUCAAUAAAAGUGGAAUCAAUGCAAUCAAGAAAUCAACAAUCAGUUCAAUUACUUUUAUCUUUAAUUAUAGAAGCAAAAUUAGAUUACCAUCAAAUAUCAAAGAAAUUAUAUCACUUAAUGAGAUCUAUCAAUCCAUCUUGCCAUUGGAACUUGAAGUAUUGGAGUAUAGAAACCGAAAAGGUAGAAUAUCAAUUGACAUCCCAACAUUACCAAGAUCACUCAAAGUUCUCAAAGUGAAAUUGGACAAUUUUAAAUUUAUUUGUUUUGGAAUAUUCCCACCAAAUCUUGAAGUUUUGAAACUGGUGGCAAUCGGUUCUGAUUAUGAAAAAUACACUUCAUUUUCUGAAUUUAAAGGACCACUUCCAUCAACAUUAAAACAUAUUUCAAUACCAACCAGUUGGUUGAGAUUCAUCAAACAUCUCGAAUCAAUUGAAUCACUCAAAUUGGACCAACAUAUAGGCACAUCAAUUGAAAUUGGUGAUAUUCCAUUGAGUGUCACUCAUCUUACAAUCAACUCUUAUGCCAACAGGUUUAUUGGAGACUUUUCAAUCGAUACGAAUCUAUUCUUUAGUUUUAAACAAUUGGAAACAUUGGAUCUCUCUGGAUGGGAUUUUUAUUAUUGUUAUUUUCAAAAAAGUGUCAUUGGAGAAUUACCAUCGAGUCUCACCAAACUUUAUUUACCAUAUGAUUUCAAUGAGCCCCUGCGUAAACAUCCGGUUUUAUCAGAAUCUAUUAUCAUUCCAAAUGACUUGCAAUACUUGGAGCUUGGUACUCAUUUCACAUUCCCAGUCGAUAGAUUACCAGAAUCACUCAAAACACUAUGUUUCACAAAAGAAGAAAUUGAUUUAAAUGAAUUAAAUUUUAAUAGAGUAGGACGACCACCACUAUAUGCAUCAACAAAUUUCGUUGUACCUUCUCUUCCACAAUCAUUGGAAACAAUUAUCAUCAAACAUUAUGAUGACAAAUUUAUCUCACGAUAUCCAUCAAUCAAAUCAUUGACCACAAACAAAGAAUGUAUUCCAAAAGAAUUUCCAACAACACUCAACUCGAUGACCAUCAAAGAUUAUGACAAAGAAAAAUAUUUCAUUCGAAGACUCUCAGAAACAUCAUUCUUAGUCCUUAUCAAUUUAGAAAAGCCCUUUCGAAAGGAGAAUACAUCGUUAAGACCUAAAUCUAAACUUUAUUAUGAUGAAUUAAUUAAAGUCAGUUUCUAUAGAAAUAUUGUAUCACCAAUUAGGAAACAAGUCAAGAUGUCUGAAGCAUUUGAAGAAGAGUUUGGUACAGGUGAAGAAGUUAGAGCAAGAGUAACAGAUAGAGAAGGUGCAGGUUCAAGUGUUGGAGUUUUAGCGUUGGCUUGGUCAUACCGAAGUUUACUCUCUGUGGUUGAAUACAACACAACCUUGCAAAUAAGUGAAACACUUGUAAUCAUUGACAAAGACUAUGUCAACUUUGUACCAUUCUUUUUGCAAACACAAUCUCCAUUUGAACACUUUCCAGAGCAAUUACACGAUAUGUCAAUAAUGAAGUCAGCAAUCUGGCCUGUCACAAAUAUCAAUCAAAUGGAGGAAAUUCUUUUGAAAUUGGGUUUAAAAAGAUCCCGAAAUGAUGAUGAUUUAGGAAUCAUAUCAAACAGUUUGGCGAAUUUUGGAUUGCAUUGA